AUGGACUCUUCCGACGGCCGCACCAAGGCCUACAAAUUCGUCGCCUACGCCGCCGUCUCCUUCUCGAUUGUGGCCGUUCUGUCGGUGGUGCUCACACUGCCAAUGGUCUACAAUUACGUGUCACAUGUUCGACAACAAAUGACUCACGAGCUCUCUUUUUGCAAGGUUUCUCUUUUUCUUUUCUUUUCUUUUCUCCUUUUCUCAUUCCUCUCUUCCUUCCUUCUAGGGCUCCGCAAAGGACAUCUUCGCGGAGGUCAACUUCAUGAAGACCCACUCUGGCCCAGCCGCCCCCGGAAACCGUACCGCGCGUCAGUCUGGCUAUGGACAGCCCGAAGUGAACCCGUCGCCGAACCUUCAGUGCGAGGGAUGCUGUCUGCCAGGACCGCCAGGACCAGCCGGAGCGCCAGGAAAGCCAGGAAAGCCAGGACGUCCGGGAGCGCCAGGACAGCCCGGAAUCCCUGGAAAGCCACCAACUGCUCCAUGUGAGCCAACCACGCCACCACCGUGCAAGCCAUGCCCACAAGGACCACCCGGACCACCAGGACCACCAGGAGCCCCAGGAGACCCAGGAGAGGCUGGAACCCCAGGACGCCCAGGAACCGACGCCACUUCCGGACUUCCAGGACCACGUGGACCACCAGGACCACCAGGAGAGGCCGGACAGCCAGGACCACAGGGAGAUCCAGGAGCGCCAGCCCAGUCCGAGCCACUCACUCCAGGAGCACCAGGAGAGGCUGGAGAUGCUGGUGAGCUUUUGUCGCCCCUUCUCGGCCCCACUAUUUUAUCGUUUUCUUUCAGGACCGGCCGGACCACCAGGACCACCAGGAGCGCCAGGAAACGACGGACCACCAGGACCACCAGGACCAAAGGGAUCGCCGGGACCAGACGGACCAGCCGGAGUCGACGGACAAGCUGGACCACCAGGACCACCAGGACAGGCCGGAACUCCCGGAGAGAAGGGAAUCUGCCCCAAGUACUGCGCUCUCGACGGAGGAGUCUUCUUCGAGGACGGAACUCGCCGCUAA